AUGAAGGUCCCUAUAUCCGAAAACUCAAACAUGGACAAUAAAUUGAAGUUUUCGGAUCGCUUGAAGGCUUUGCUGAAAACUGAGGCUCGUCAAGAUGUCGAUCCAUAUAUUUUCAGUGAACCAGAGCCAUUUACUACAGCAGCAGGAAGAAAUGUUACAGUAGUGUCAUCUAAGAAUCCUAAAGUAAUGCAAAAUUGUAAAAAUAGUAAGACUAAAGGAAAAUGUAUGAAACAAAGAAUAAGGAUAACAUCCGUACCAGAUGCGGAAUUCAAAGCUGUACAAGAUCGUGCUGUAGAAUUAGACGCUGACAGUAGUGUUGGUGGUGGUGGCAGUGGUAGUGGUGAUGGUGAACAUAUAGAUUAUAAAUUUGCAAAAGCAAUUCAACAUAAACAACGUCAUAUUGAGAAUUUACAAAGAUUAAGAUGUAGAAGGCAAAGUCGGGACCACACUCUAUUGUAUUAUCCUAGAGCUGGAGAUGAAAUAUCAGAUAGUGAUUCUAGUGGAGAUGAAAUGACAAUUUAUCAACAUUAUUGGUUUUCUGGAGAAAGCAGUUCAGCAUUAAAUCGUUCUGCACGUCUUUCUCAAUUGCGUUCUCAAUUGAGAAGAAGAUUACUUCAAUUACAUAAAGGUGGGACAGACUCAGAAAUUUUGUUACGUGAUAGAGCUAGAUUUUUGUUGGAAGCUGCUUAUAAAGAUCCUGCAUCUACUGCAAGAGCUUUAGGUGGUUCUCCAGGUACAAGCAAAGUGGUAGAUGGACCACUUUUAGUUGGUGGACUUUGUGGAGCUGAAGGGUGUCAACAGAUAUCUUUGCCCUGCACCCAUCAUUGUUCUCGUCACAUAAUGUUGAAUGGAGAUCAACUUUUAUUUGAACAUUGCACUGCCAAAUUUAGUGAUAAUACACAAUGUUGUAUUCCUGUGUUUGAUGUUGCACAUGAAUUACCUCUUUGUCCAGAACAUGCAAGGAAAAGGGAUAAUUAUCAUCGUAAAGCCCAAGAGUCUAAACCAAAGAAAGCUCGUAAAAAACCAGCAUCUCCCACAAUUCCCAGGCCUAAACCAAAAUCCAGGCCAAAGAAACGAAAGCGGCCUCCUGCAAAUAAACUUGAAACUAAAGGUCCUACUCUAGUACAUGAAGAGAGUCAAUAUUUGAAUCAAAUAAACUCUAGUGAAAAUCAGACAAAAACUUUGAAUAAUUUGAAUACUGUAGCACAAGGAAGUUCAAAUUCUUCUAAUUUAAAUCUAGGAUUAGGACUUGGUCUUGGAGGAGGACUUAAAGUAGAUUUGGGAGAUCAUGAAGUGUUUCCUUCUCUAGAUCCUGCAGAACAUGAUUUUGGCAAUGUGCUCAACAACUUACCUGCUGAUGCUUUUAAUGAUUUGUUCAUUGAAGGCAGAAAUGGCGAAUAUGAACCAUCAAGAGAAGAAGAAGAAGAAUUAGAACGAGCAUUGGAGGCAGUAGAUAAGGAUGUACGUAAUUUGGAAAGAAUGGGGCAAACACAUGGACUCUUAGAGCCUGCCUUAUUGGCUCAACUUAUGUCAGACAUUGCUUCGUAG